UAUAUAUAUGCGCCGGUGCGUAACGUGUAUGGGAAAGCUGAUCAUCACAGGACAGUGACACGCUUUUAGAAAGCCCAUUUCUUUCCUUCAUGGUUUUGUCUAGACGCAAAUGGUCGCUGAUACUUUCGUAAUGUUGUUCGUCCAUUGAUCGUACUCGCACGAACACACGGAAAAAGCACGCCAAAGUAAAAUAUCGUGUAUAUGCAGCAAAAGUAGGAAGAGUAAAAACAAAACCAUAAACUAAUCAAACUUGUGUUCGAGUGGAAUACGAAAAUCAUCGGAAGAAGUUCGCAAGAUUUUCGUAAUAACGACGGUAAAAGAUGGUGAAGCUCCCGAAGAGAUUUAGCGUCGGGGAGCGAAUCUUCGCCAAAGUUCGAGGUUAUCCGCCUUGGCCAGCUAAGAUAGAGAAUAUCACUGAUCCAAAUACAAAACAUGCAAAAUAUCAUGUUGUGUUCUAUGGAACUAAAGAAAUUGGGACUUGCAAAAUUGAAGAUCUUUUUCAAUAUGCAGAUAAUAAAGAUAAAUUCAGUAAAACAGUUAGACGAAAAAAUUUCCAUGAUGGAAUACAAGAACUUGAAGAAGAUUUGAAAAAAAAUCCUAACCCUGUCUAUGGUGAUACUGCAAGAGAUUCGGAAGCUGCUGAAAAUGUACCUGUAAAUGUGACUGAAGAUAAUUCUGGAAAAGAAAGUGAUAGCAUUACUUCAGCUUCGGGAAAUCAAGAUGGUGACGCUGAAACUGGAAAUCUAGUAAUCGAUGAAAGUGAUAAAAAAAAAACUGUAAAAAGAAAAUCACAGCAAAUCAUACAAAGUACACCUGACAUGUCUGAAGCAAAGAAAAAACGAGGACGCAAAAGUAUGGCAUCGGUUUUAGCAGAAAAUACACCAAAACAAGAUAUUUCUCAUGACUCGCAAGAUGAAGAUCCAGAAAAAAAAAUUGUUAGUCGCAGUGGCCGAAAAAUUAAACCCAAAAGAUUUCACGACUUUUCUGAUACAGAAAUUUCAAUAGAUACAUCAAGAAAUGAUCAUUCAAUACGGAGCAGGACGAAAAUUAAGUCUGAAGAAUCCAAUGAAAAUCAGGAAACCUUAAUUACACGUAUUAAAAAAAGAAUGAGUAUCGAAAAAGACGACAGGAAAGCCCCAGCGAAAGACGAGGCCGAGGUCGAGAAUCAGCAGAGGUUGAGGACAUUACGCAUUGAGUCACACAUAAUGUUUUUGGACACACAAAUAAGAUCAAGUCUUGGGCUUGAUCAAGCUAAUGCGGAUGAAUGUUUGGAGGCGAUGGAUCAAGUAUUAGAAAUUCAACUAACUCCAUUAAUGCUUAAGAAACACUCGCAUAUCGUUGAAACCAUCAAAAGGUUGAGACGAUAUGUUGGAAACCUUGCCGAUUGGAAACUGUCAGAAGAAGAAACGAUUGCUUUUAAACAAAAAGCCGAUAAAAUAAAAAAGAAGGCCGAACUUAUUUACAACAAAUUUAAAUCGUUGUUUGACAUUCCUGAAGGUCAGACAUUUUGGAACAUCUUUUUAGAACAGCUGGAUCAAUUUAAGCAACAGACUAAAGAUUUGACACCGGAAGAAAUUUUUUCUCUUCUAGUUGAUCCGACAGGUAAAAUAGCUAAGCCGAAUGAAGAGAAUAAUACGAACACAGUGAGUUCUCCUAAGAACGAUACAUCUUCGGAUGAAGUAUCAAAUAAGAAUAUAUCAGUGACAGAAUCGGAAACCAAGUAA